AUGGCGGAUAGCCCUUCCGCGGGUCCGCCGCGGGGGUGCGUUCUACCGGUCUGCCGUGCCGCGCUCUCCGCAUCCUCCGCCACCUCGGAUGAGGACCAGGACCCGCCCAACCUGACCGGCUACCCCUUCGGGGUCAAACGCAUCCACCUGGCGCUCGACCCGUACUCGCGCAUGGCGAUGCCCAACCGACGCGGUGGCGAGGAGGUCCAGAAGCGACCGACGAGCGACAUAUUCUGGGCGUUUCUCAUGUGCUUCGUCACCCUCGCGACGCUGGGGCUGGUGGAUCGGUACAUGCACGUCACGCACGGGCUGCCGUUCAUGUCCGGCGCGUGGGGUACCAUCAGCGUGCUCGCGUUCGGUACCGUUGAGAAUCCCGCGGCGAGGCUGUACAACUGCGUGACCGCGACGGUGGCAUCGGCGUUCAUCGUCGCGACGAUGGUGAUGCUCUUCGGGUCGUGCUGGUGGACCCGGGCGCUGUCCGUGGCCACCGCGCUGGGUUUCAUGAUGUGGACGGGCAGCGUGCACCCGCCCGGAGCGGCGGCGAUCAUGGGAUGCAUGGACCAGGCUGCGUUCCAACAGCUGGGGUACUGGUACGUCUUGUAUCCGGUGCUGUUCGGGUCGCUGUUCGUGCUGUUCAUGGGUCACCUGACGCACAAGCUGAAGCACCGGUACGAGUUCAUGGUUGGGGGUUUGUUCGGCGACGGAUGGGUCAAGCUGAGGCGCGCGGAGGAGAAUGAUCGGAACAACGAGCGCCUGGAACAGGCUCUAAACGAGUGCGAAAAUUGCACCAUCUCGUAUGACGAGGACGACGUCUUGGGAACUUACACCCUCGAGCGAGAGGACAGCCAGAUAGAGUACACGGAGGUUAGACGCGAGUAG